AUGGCGCAAGCUAUGGAUUACUACUACUACUAUCUGGAGAGUUUGUGGGAAGACGAUGUGUUUGUACCAGGAUCGAUUGGCCCACUAUGUUCCACCCACUCGACCCAUCGCUGGGCCCGCUCCGUUACCCCGAGUGGUUUAGGCGUCAUCGAAAAAGACAGUGCUGGCUGUAUUUGCUUACCCGUCCUAGGGCACAGGGUCUGCAAUCCCGUGCAUCCAGACGGAAAGUUAUUCAGCUUCAUCUUGCCGUUCUCACAUCUCGACCCAUACGGCGCAGCUAAUUCCGCCAAAUUGAGUAUCCGCAUUGAAAGAAUGCCGUGA